AUGCUGUUAACGUUCAGAGACGUAGAGGACUCGCUAGAGAAGUUCAGUGGGAACGGUCUGCCGAGUGUAAGUCGAUGGAUCGAGGACUUCGAAGAAAUGGCAAAAGUGUGUGGGUGGUCAGACAUCCACAUGAUAGCUUUUGCUAAGAAACUGCUCACGGGCUCCGCUCAAUCCGUCGUGAAGCGAGAACGAUGCACGAAGUCCUGGAUAAAGCUAAGGAAGGCGUUAAAAAAUGAGUUCGAAGACGCAGUAAGUGACCAACAGAUACACCAGGAGUUAGCAAAUAGAACGAAGAGACCAGAUGAGAGUCUGCAACAGUACAUGAACAGUAUGCGUGAGAUUGCGGGACAGGGAACAGUCGAUAUACCGUCGCAAAUCAGCUAUAUCAUUCAAGGCAUCCCCGACGAGGUCGCGAACAAAGCCGUGUUGUAUGGAGCCAAGAACAUGCAACAACUGAAAAAACGCCUGAAGCAAUAUGAAGCGAUGAGGAGGGACAUGAAGGCGGAGACAAAGUUUGGGGGACGCAAGGAGGAUAAAGGAAAACGAUCGGAAGUGCGAAGCCAGCCGAGGCCAACAGCGAGUGAUAAGAGAAGAUGUUUCAAUUGUGGCAGUGCGGAUCACUUAAGUGCUAAGUAUCCGGAGAAAGGAAAAGGUACGAAGUGUUUCAAAUGCAACGAGUUUGGACAUGUGGCGGCGAAUUGUACAGCGCGACAAGUAAAGACUUACGUAAUCUCAAGACCGGAGAGGAAAAAGUACUUGAAGGACGUGUCGAUAGAUGGCUGCAGGUUUGCCUCGUUAGUGGAUACAGGUAGUGACCUCACGUUUAUACGAUCGGAUGAGUAUGCGAAGUUAGGAUCACCACCUCUGGGAAGCUGCAAACUUAGGUUUGAUGGUUUUGGUUCCGCUGGCAAUAGUACCUGGGCCGAGUUUACAUGA